AAAAUUAAAUUAGUAAUAAAAAUAUAUAUCGGUCUAAUACAACAGAAAAAAACACUCUUUCGUUGUGUAUCAUAUCUAUAUCGUAUAUCAUAUCUCGUAUCAGAGAAAGACCGAAGAAGUAGUUGAACAUACGAUGUAUAUAAUUCGUCAUAGUGAUGUGGUUUAAAGUAGAAUGAAAUUGAGACGUAAGUAAAAUUAAUGGGGAAUGAAAAAAGUGCCCUUAAUGGGCUGAAAAUUGACGAAAAACCUGUGGAAAUAACUGAUUUUUGGACGCAUUAUAUGGCUUGUGUGAAUAGUUACAAUGCAGAAAGGAUUUCAGUGUUUGUCAGUGAGCCAUCUUUACAUUAUAAUGCAAAUUUUGGAAAUCCAUCGCCUUUAGAGAAAGCUGCAAAGAAUUUAAUGUUAUAUAGACAUCCAUGUAUAUUGAAGUACGUUUCUUCAUGGUCAAAAGGUAGUAAAUUUUUCCUAGCUACUGAACAAGUUAAACCUUUAAUUCAAUCAAUAGAAACCCAGAAUACACUGCAAAUAUGCAUGGGCUUAUAUAGUAUUUUACGUGCAUUGGUUUUUCUUCAUGAAAAAGCAUUUGUAUCUCAUAAUAAUCUUUGCGAAAGUUCUAUUUAUGUUACACCUGAGGGAUGUUGGAAACUUGGAGGACUGGAAUGUCUAUGUAAAUUUAAUGAUUUGACUUCUUCUUACUUACAAAAAAUAAAAAGCUACAGAUACGAGAAAGCGAUUUCUACUAACGAAGAUGCAACUAUCACUUUAAAAAAUUUUACAACAAUUGAUGUGUAUGCAUUUGGAGUUUUAGCCGAAGAUAUAUUGAGACAAAAGGAUCCAGAUGAUGUACCUAGUCUUUUAGAGUUUAAACAGUUCUGUAAAGAAAAUCUGCAAAAUCCAGAUCCUUCUCUAAGGUGCGAACUGUCCCAUGUACUACAACAUCCAUUCUUUACCCAUGAUUUUAUGAGAAUAUAUGCAUUUUUAAAUGAGUUAGUGUUAAAAAGUAAUAAGGAAAAAGAAAUAUUUUUUGGAACCUUAAUAACACAAUUAAGAAUGUUUCCUGAAAAUAUUGUAGCUGAACAAUUAGGUCGUUUACUUCUUUCAAGAAUGGUCUUAUUAGAUACAACAGCACAAGAACAGCUUUUACCAUUUAUUUUAAAACCAAAAGAUGGAAAUGACAAUACAGAUAUUAACUUAUUUUCAAUUUCUACAUUUAAAGUCUAUUUGGUACCCAAACUAUUGCAGAUGUUUUGUAUAAGAGAUGUAUCAAUACGUUUAGUACUUUUGUCAUAUUUUAAUUCUUUUGUGCAUAUAUUUCAAGUAGAUGAAUUGAAAUCUCAAGUACUUCCUGAAUUACUUGUUGGAAUUAAAGACACAAAUGAUCAUCUUGUAUCUGCAACAUUAAAAGCAUUAGCUGACAUAGUUCCAAUCUUAGGCGCUGCCACAGUAAUCGGUGGUAAUAGAGGGAAGUUAUUUACAGAUGGACGACCAAAUAAACUGAAAGAUAAGAAAACUAAGAACAGUAUAAAUGUUGAAUUCGUAAUUCCUACGGAUAAUAUUCAAAAAGUAAUUGAUUUACCUGAAAGGCCAUCUCCAGAUGGAGGUGAAGAUAAAAAAGAGAUUACUUCUUCCAUUAUCGAAGAAGAAUACACGUGGUCUGAUUGGGACAUACAAGAAACUGCAGAUGUACAUGCUCGAAUUUCACAGUCUUCCGACGCAAUUUUUCAAUCUCAAUCCAAUUUCAAUGAUAUUUCGAUUUCGGAUUCAACAUUAAGGAUUACUACAGAUGCAGUAUUAAAUAUAGAUAAAAAUAAAACAAGCGAAUUGAAAUUAACAAAGAAGUCAGCUGGUAUUAUAUCUGAUAUUUCAGAGCUUGAUAUUAAAAAUUCAAAAUUAAUAGAUACUUGUAAAGAAGAAUAUGAUUAUUUCACAGACAUGGAGCCUGUGAUAAAGAAGACACAGAUUUUACACAUACAACAACCACAAAUAUUAUCAAAAAGUGUAUUUGACAUAAAAGCGCUAAAUGGAUUAGAAACAUCUGAAGAAAAUAAUGGCUGGGAGGAGGACUUAAGCGAUUGGGGAACAGAAGAUGUUCAUGAAAUAAAAACUUGAAUAAAUAUAUAUUACUCCUUA